UAACCUCUUGUCUUCAGUGCAUUGGUGUUUUUUACUUUAUCGCUACGGCUAGUGGCUGAUGUCGAUCAAGAUUCUUUUGAUCCUGCUGCGUGCGAUGUGCGCGCAAUAUAAUGUGUGUAUAUACGCGCACUCACGCACGUGUCUGGGGCGGGAAGAGCGCGAACACAUUUAUAUCGAUACCUCGGUGCUCUGUAUUUUUAAGCACUCUUCAUUAGCGCUGCUUCCGGGGCGUUUAUUAUUUGGCAGGAGUUUGUAUUCGCUGCCGGUUUGUGGUCGGAGGUGCUUGGGCUGCUCCUUCUGUUUUGCGAUGGCCUUUAGAGCCGCGGACAAAUGAAAUCGGGUCGCCGUCGCCUGUAGGUAAAUUUUUUGAAAGGAUGCUAGUGGCAUUGUCCUCAGGAGGAGAGUAAAGUGCAAGAGAGCUUCAGCUCUGUGUGCCAACUUCGCACAGCUCUCAGCCGCAACCUUUAUUUUAUUUUAAAAGUGGGAAGACAAAGGAGGAUUUGAUGUUUUGUGUGGCGCCCAAUGGUACAGGAUCCGUCAUGAAUAUAACGAAGGGUGGGCUGGUGCUAUUUUCAGCCAAUUCCAACCCAUCGUGCAUGGAACUAUCAAAGAAAAUUGCCGAGCGCCUGGGGGUGGAGAUGGGUAAAGUCCAGGUUUACCAGGAGCCGAACCGAGAAACGCGGGUACAGAUUCAGGAGUCUGUGAGAGGAAAAGAUGUCUUCAUCAUCCAGACUGUCUCAAAGGAUGUGAAUACGACCAUCAUGGAGCUCCUCAUCAUGGUGUAUGCCUGUAAAACGUCCUGUGCCAAAAGCAUUAUUGGCGUGGUUCCCUACUUCCCAUACAGCAAGCAGUGCAAGAUGAGGAAAAGGGGCUCCAUUGUCUCUAAGCUUCUGGCUUCGAUGAUGUGCAAGGCGGGUCUGACUCACCUCAUCACCAUGGAUUUGCAUCAAAAGGAAAUCCAGGGCUUCUUCAAUGUCCCGGUUGACAACCUGAGAGCAUCUCCAUUUUUGCUACAGUACAUUCAAGAAGAGAUUCCAGACUACAGAAAUGCUGUGAUCGUGGCCAAAUCUCCGGCGUCUGCAAAGAGGGCUCAGUCGUUUGCAGAGCGCUUGAGACUGGGGAUCGCCGUGAUACACGGGGAGGCUCAAGAUGCAGAGUCCGACCUGGUGGACGGCCGCCAUUCGCCCCCGACGGCUAAAAGUGCAGCUGCCAUUCACCCUAGUUUAGAGAUACCCAUGUUGAUUCCAAAAGAGAAACCUCCCAUCACAGUUGUCGGAGAUGUGGGCGGAAGGAUAGCCAUCAUCGUGGACGACAUAAUAGACGACGUAGACAGCUUCCUGGCUGCUGCUGAGACGCUCAAAGAGAGAGGCGCCUACAAGAUUUUUGUCAUGGCCACCCACGGCCUCCUUUCCUCAGAUGCCCCCCGGUUGAUAGAGGAGUCUGCAAUCGAUGAGGUUGUGGUCACCAACACAAUCCCUCACGAGAUCCAAAAGCUCCAGUGCCCCAAAAUUAAGACUGUGGACAUCAGCAUGAUCCUUUCGGAGGCCAUCCGCAGAAUCCACAACGGGGAGUCCAUGUCGUACCUUUUCAGGAAUAUAGGCCUGGAUGACUGACUGCUACCUUGGAAGGCUUGGAGGAGGAGGAGAAGAAGAAAAAUAUUUUCAGGGGCCAAACUGGACAUCUACACAGAAAACCGAGCUGUGAAGCAUCGUGGCUUAAACUUUGUCCUUCAAUGGAACCCACUUUGUUUAGUUGCUUCCCUUCCCCAUGAUUUAAAUUUAGUAGAUGAAAUUUCCAGAACUUUUUUCUUCUUUUUUUGCAAAAAGACUUUUAUUGGGGGGGGGAGAACAAAAAUCUAGUCUGUUACGUUUAGCUGCACUGUUGGUUAAGGACACGGUCCUUUUUGAGAAGUUAUUGAGCCUCCUUGAAAUGCAUUGGGGGCUGUGCAGGAGAGCACCCUGCGUCUCUUGAGGGUUUGGGUGACAAGGGGGCCCAACCGUGUUGUUUUGAAAGAGAAGCCCUAUCCCCCUGGGCAAUGACUCCCCAGGCGUGGGAUUCUCCUGGUGAGAGACCCGCAGGGCCUGUUCCCAUAGAACAGGUUAUCCUCAUCUGCCUGUAAGUGAAAACUGUAGCCUUGCGCCCUGUGGGAGUCAGAGGACACGGAAAUGGCAGUCGUGGGCUGGAGCAACAGCAUGCUCCGUCUCCUGCCUCUCCUGGUCAUUUCAAUGAAGUUCACGCAGGAGAACUUCCUGGGAAAUGGAGCUCUAAGGGUACAAAUGUGCUUGCGCGCACACACACACACACACACACUCGGAGAAAAGGGUCACGGUUCCUACGUGUUCACAUUCCUUUCCUCCCCGAAUCAGCUUGCUUGCAAGUGCUUUGAAGGGUUAAUUACAUACGAUUCUUUUAUCUCUUUUUUUUAAUAUAUAAAAAAAGCUACUGUAUAAAGUUCGCAUCUGACAAGCCAAAAAAGAAAAAAAAAAGUUGUACUGUUGUACGCAGUUCAGUGACAUUUUUUGUAGAAGUGCUUUUAUAGGAAAAGCAUAUGGAGUAUGCACUGGUAUUUAUUUUCUGCAAUGAGAAGAAUAAAUGACUUUGUUUUUGUGUGA